GACUACCAGCGCUAGACGAGGAUCAGUACUGAUUUGUCGCGAGUGUCCGAAGAGCGUUUUGAACGUUGGGAGUUGAAAGAGGGUGUUCCUGAGCAAGAUUUCAUGAUAUUUCCUUUGCCUGAAUUGACUGUUUAUGUGCUCGCAGCAGAUAGCUUUGUCAGUCUUCCUGGUGACGAUAAUUCAGAAGGCAGCUCCCGUGUUCGUACAAUUGCCGGUCAUUCCGCCUGAAGAUCUCAAGGACUCGGCCUCCUACCAGAAAUCUCAAAGUAUCAACGAAGAUAUCAUGCUUCUGCACUUCACCGUUGUUAUCGACGGUUCAUCCUACCUCGCAUUCUUGAAGCACUGGACAUUGAUAUUGAAGGUUUUCUAUACAAGUAUUAUCAUCUUCGUGCAUCAGAUGAACUCAGGCCAUAUCUUGUUCAUACCAUGAGGAGAGAGUAGUGAAGCAAUGUUACGUCGAUGCAGUAAGCUGGGCCUGGUCUCUGUCUCCCCCUUUCACAAGCCACUCAAGC